AACACUGGCAAUUUCUCGGCCCCAAACGCCAUUUCUCUCUCUCUCUCUCACCGUUGGGUCUUUGCGUAGCAAAUCUCUCCCUCAUCGCGACUUACCCGCACCAAAUCUCUCGAUUCCCAACACACCCUCUUCUUCUUCUUCUUCUUCUUCCUCCUCCUCUCGAUCCCAAUCCCCCAAAUCCCUCAAAUCCCUCUCUCUCUUUCUCUCUCUGACCCCAGCUGCUUUUGGGUCUUUUCGUUUCUUUCCCCGCCACCUCAGCCCUAGAAAUGGUUUUGCAUUUGGGCGUAUUCUAAUCGGAGAUCUCCGGGGGCGGGGCUUGAUCUAGGGUUUGUGGAAUUUCGGCGAAUCUAGGGUUUUCUGGUGGGGGAAAUUUUGAACAGACGGGAUUGAUGUUUCGUCUCAGGCACGAUUGCGGGAUCGAUGGAGGGCUUUUAUUAUGCAUGGGUCGCCAGCUGAGGAGUCGAUACGGCGUCGUCGGCACAUGUGGCCUGUCCCUCAUUCCAACGCCACGACUGUAGCUUCCAACCCCUCUUCACCACCACCACCCGAUUUCUUCAACAAAGAUGGACGCAAAAUUCGUGUCGGAAAUUGUGCACUUUUCAAGCCUCCUCAGGAUUCCCCACCUUUUAUAGGAAUAAUUCGCUGGCUAAAAUUAGACAAGGGAGACAGUUUGAGUUUAGGGGUUAAUUGGCUCUAUCGACCUGCUGAUGUGAAGCUUCUUAAAGGGGUCUCGCCAGAAGCUGCCCCAAACGAGGUCUUCUACUCCUUUCACAAGGAUGAGAUACCUGCUGCAUCGCUACUGCAUCCGUGUAAAGUCGCAUUCCUUCGUAAAGGUGUUGAACUUCCUUCAGGGAUAUCCUCAUUUGUGUGCAGAAGAGUGUAUGAUACUGAGAACAAGUGUUUAUGGUGGUUAACUGACAAAGAUUAUAUUAAUGAACGACAGGAAGAAGUAGAUCAUCUUUUAGACAAGACAAGACUAGAAAUGCAUGGGGCAGUGCAGUCGGGAGGUCGUUCUCCGAAGCCCUUGAAUGGUCCGUCAUCAACACCACAGUUCAAAUCUGGUUCAGAUAGUUUACAGAAUAGUGCAUCGCCCUUUUCUUUACAGGGUAAGGGAAAAAAGAGGGAACGAGGUGAUCAGAGCUCCGAUCCGGUGAAACGUGAGCGCUUAAUUAAGACAGAGGAUGGAGAGGCUGGCCACGCCAGACCGGAAAGUGUAUUGAAGUCUGAGCUUUCCAAAAUAACAGACAAAGGAGGACUUGUAGACUUAGAGGCGGUUGAGAAGUUAGUCCAACUUAUGCAACCUGACAGUGCUGAAAAGAAAAUAGAUAUGGCUGGCCGAAUAUUGCUUGUUGAUGUCAUAGCAGUUACUGAUAGGUUUGAUUGCCUUGGGCGAUUUGUACAGCUAAGGGGUUUGGCUGUAUUGGAUGAAUGGCUUCAAGAGGUUCACAAGGGAAAAAUUGGUGAUGGUAGUAGCCCUAAAGAAAGUGAUAAAUCUGUUGAGGAGUUUCUCUUUGCAUUACUUCGUGCACUGGAUAAGCUGCCUGUGAAUCUUCAUGCUCUACAAACUUGUAAUGUUGGCAAGUCUGUGAAUAAUUUACGUACACACAAGAACUCUGAAAUUCAGAAGAAAGCUAGGAGUUUGGUUGACACAUGGAAGAAGCGUGUAGAAGCUGAGAUGAAAUUAAAUGAAUCAAAGUCUGGAUCAAGCCGUGGUGUCUCCUGGCCUUCAAAGGCUGCACCUUCAGAAGUUUCUCAGGUUGGCAGCAGAAAAACUGGAAGUUCAUCUGAGGUUGGCUCAAAAAGCUCCACUGUUCAAAAUUCCGUGUCCAAAUCUCCUCAAGUGAAAGUUGGCUCUUCUGAAAUGGUUUCAAAGUCUUCUGCUUCUCCUGGGUCAACAAAACUGCUAUCUGUAUCCUCUGGUAAUAUCUCUAAGGAUCAAAAUUUCAGAAUGCUAGUUGGUGCUGGAAACUCCGAUCUUCCAUUGACACCAAUUAAGGAGGAACGGAGCAGCAGUUCUAGUCAGUCUCAGAACAACAGCCAAUCAAGUGAUCAUGCAAAGACUGUGGGUUCCUUAUAUAAAGAAGAUGCAAGAAGCUCAAGUGCUGGUUCAGUAAGUGCAAAUAAACUUUCUAGCGGCUCUUCUCGACAUCGGAAAUCAAGCAAUGGUCUUCAUGGGUCUGCCGGCUCAGGGGUGCAUAAGGAAGCAGGACCAGGAAAAGUUGGUACCCCAAGUAGAAAUUUGACUUCUGAGAAGGCAUCAACCGCCGGAGUAUCCUAUGAGAAAGGUCAUGAAGCUCCAAUGGUUGACCAGGCAAGUAGCAGACUAAUUGUGAGGCUGCCGAACACUGGCCGCAGUCCAGCUCGAGGUGCUUCAGGAGGUUCUUUUGAAGAUCCUGUUACAUCUGGCAGAGCUUCUCCUUCUGCAGAAAAGCAUGGCAACCAGGAGAAAAAAGCCAAGGGUAGAAGUGAUGCUUUGCUGGGAAAUAGUACUUCCGAUAUGAACUCAGAUGUAUGUCACAGCAAAGAUGGAUUGUCUGGUUCUGAAGAAAAUAAUGUGCCACCUUUCUCCAGUGAACAAAAUAGGGCUGGUGAAGAUGCUGAAAAACCAAUGGAGGCAUCAAAGGUUGCUGGUCCUGGAUCAAAAGUUAUAUCAAGGAUGGGAAAAUCAUAUGAAGCAUCCUUAAGCUCCAUGAAUGCUUUAAUUGAAAGUUGUGUCAAGUUUUCUGAAGGUAGUGACACUGCUUCGCCUGGAGAUGAUGUUGGGAUGAAUUUACUAGCUAGUGUGGCGGCUGGAGAGCUGUCCAAAUCUGAAAAUGUCUCACCAUCAUGUUCUCCCCAGAGGAAUUCUCCUGUGCCUGAUGGUUCAUUUUCAGAUAAAGAUGCCAAGUUGAAACAACUGGGUGAAGUAUCUGAAACCCAAUGUCAACCUAUCAGCAGGGCUAAUAGUGGUUCUACUGCAGAGCUGGGAAACGCUGGUGACUCAUUGCGGGGUAAGAGUGAACCAAGACAUUCCGUACCCCAUCUGCCAGCUAAUGUUUAUGGAGGAGACACCAAAUGCAGUUCAGCUGGAUCUGGGAAUCAAAUAGUCGAGUGUAAUGCAAAUUUGAAUUGUUCUUCCAAUAUGCAACAAAAUGAAGAUAGACCAUCCUUGGCGGUUGAUGGGAAGCCUGUUGAGCCAUAUUAUGCUUCUGGAUCAGAGCUACCCUCAUGCGCUACAAAAGAGGGUCUUGUGGAGGCUGAAGGGUGUAAUCAGUCUCAUGAGCAAGGAAAAUUAGGGGCGCAGAAUGCAAAGGGAUGCAGUAUUUCGGAGUCUAAAUUAAAAGUGCCGCCUGCCUUGCAUGAUGAGGAUAAAAUUCUACAUAAAGGAGAUGAAAGAACUGUGGGAAGCAGUAAACCUAUUGUGUCUGAAGCAACCUCUGGGAGUGAAAAAGUUGAAAAGGACAACGAAACAUCAACCUGCUCGUCCUCUGGAAUGGCUGAUGACAACCCAGAUACCGUUAAGGAUUCAAAUAUUGCCCUAUUGGCAGAGCAGAAACCAUCUGGUGCAACAGGAAUUCAAUCAGAGUCCAAGGAGGGGAAGAGUGAGGAUGCUGUUCCUUGUUCUGGUUCUGGAAAUACUUUACAGUUGCAGUUGAAGGGCAAAAACACAGAUGAAGAUAAGGCCGUGGGUCACUCUGAGCAGACUGUGAAAGACGAAAGGGGUAAGAGUACCGAAAGAAAAGAUGCUUUGGAACACAGCAACGAAUUCUCUCAGGAGAUUAAGGAAAGAAAGGAGACUUCUGGUCACUGUUCUGGGAUACCAAUUCCUCGUGUUCAGUCACCUUCAGUACCCGUGCAAGAAAAUCACAAGCCUGGGUGCAAGUUGGAAGCUAUUGAAUCAGGGGAAAAAGAGGAGCGGCAAUUUUCAGGUGUGAAUGCCUCGGGGUCAGAUACUGCUGUAAAGCUGGACUUUGAUUUGAACGAAGGUUUCCCUGUUGAUGAUAGUAUUCAACAAGAGUUUGUUAAAGCAGGAGAUCCUGGAGCUUCAUCUUCUGUUCAUGUUCCUUGCCCUUUACCCUUCCAAAUGCCUUCCAUGUCGGGGAGUUUCCCUGCAUCAGUUACUGUGGUUGCACCUGCCAAAGGUUCAUUUGUCCCUCCUGAAAACCCAAUGCGGAGUAAGGGUGAACUAGGAUGGAAAGGAUCUACAGCUAGGAGUGCAUUCCGACCUGCUGAGCCCCGAAAAAAUUUGGAAGCACCACUCAGCACAAGCGAUCCACCUGUUGUUGAUACUGCUUCUAGCAAACAAGGUCGCCCACCAUUGGAUUUUGAUCUCAAUGUGCCUGACCAGAGAGUUUAUGAGGAUGUUGUUUCCCAAAACCCUGCACAUGUCAUGGAUCACAAGUCUGCGUCUCAUGAUCGUGGUGCUGGAGGCCUUGAUCUCGAUUUGAAUAGAGUUGAUGAGAGUCCUGAUAUCGUUCCGCUUCCUGUUAUCAACAGUUGUAGAGAUUUUGAUUUGAACAAUGGCCCCGGCCUUGAUGAAGUGGGGACUGAAGCUGCACCAUUUACCCAGCAUAUAAAAAGCAGUGUGCCUCUGCGAACACCUGUUUCUGGGUUAAGAAUGAAUAGCCCUGACUUUGGGAAUUUUUCAGCAUGGUUCGCUCCUGGAAACUCAUAUCCUGCCAUCACAGUCCCAUCCAUUUUUCCAGGCAGAGGUGAGCAGAGUUAUGGUACUGCUGCUGGGUCACAGAGAGUCUUGUGUCCUCCCACUGGUAACCCCUCAUUUGGUCCUGAAAUCUACAGGGGGCCUGUACUGUCGUCCUCAACUGCAGUGCCGUUUCCUCCUCCUACUACAUAUCAGUAUGCAGGAUUUCCUUUCGAAACCAAUUUUCCUCUGUCAUCGAGCUCCUUUUCAGGUUGUUCAACUGCAUAUGUGGAUUCAUCAUCUGGUGGGGCACUCUGCUUCCCCACCAUGCCUUCGCAACUCAUGGGACCGGGUGGUGUAGUCUCAUCACCUUACCCACGACCCUAUAUGAUGAACCUUGCUGGCAGCAGCAGUAAUGUUGGCCUUGAUGGUAGGAAAUGGGGUAGUCAGGGCCUUGACCUCAACUCCGGGCCUGGAGGUACAGAAGCAGAACGGAGAGAUGAGAGGUUGCCAUCAGGGUUGAGGCAGCUUUCUGUUCCCAGUUCACAGGCCCUUGUAGAGGAACAGUUGAAGAUGUUUCAGGUGGGAGGGGUAUUGAAGAGAAAGGAGCCUGAUAGUGGAUUGGAUGCUGUCGAUCGCAUGAGCUACAAGCAACCUUGGCAGCAGUAGAAUCACGGCACGGUGCAGAAACCUGUAAUGGCCUGUUAUUCAGGGUCUUGCAUUGAAACGUACAGCAGAUGUGGAGCUCAAGAGGCAAAUGCUAAAGGGCAGGAACAUUUUGUUCAUUGUGCGGCAGUCCAAAUUUGGAAAACCCUGGUGCCCUGGAGGCGAUUUAUUUAAAGGAUCUAUUCUGAUGGCCUCUGAAGACGAGUUUUUCUAUGUAGAUAUCUAACUCAUGAAAAGCAUCUUUGAUGUUGCUGCCUAAAGCUGAGACAUGGGUGCUCAGUGUUUGGACUUGUGCCCACUCAGGUACACACUGCAACCCUAAUCCUCACUUAUUCCUCCUUAUAGUGGAGAUUAGGUUGUAUGAACCCCCCAGGCCGAGGUCGGCUUGUAUUCUCUGUCAUUAUUUUUUUUCACCCCAGUUGUUACAUAUAUAGUUAUUACUUAGUCAGGACUGCAGAAUUUUGUUAUCUUAUAACAUUCUGGUUAUUGAAAUUUGCACAGGCUGUCAGCUUAUUUUUUUUCCUUUGUAUUAUAAGUUAUAACCAGAGUCGGGACCUUUUUUUCAACAUAGAGAAUGUUGGACAGAGACUUCACUUAUGGUGCAUUUGAUUCAUUUGUAUUAUGAAAUGGCUUUUAACGCCAUCAUGAAAUUUCCAUGA